UAAAUACAAAGUCUCUGUGACAAUUUGGUACACUGCGAACGACUUAACGGUAUCAUUUUCUCAAAAGAUAUAACUCCUUUCGAACCUUUUUUCUCGUUAAAAUUGCCCACAUUAUGACCCCGCCCCAGAGUGUUCUUCUUCGUUCACAACACUUGAGUCGCUAACUUUUCAUUCUCCAAUUCACCACUCGCUUCAUAUGCACGCACAGUUGUUAAGACAAACUUGACACAAGCGCACCAUAUAAUCAACAUCUUGAAGAGCUUGCUGUGUUGUUCCUUUUGCCCCCCCUUCAACGAAACUGUACUAAUUAAAUAAGAUUUGUGAUUUUUUGUUCAAAUUAAAAUCUCCAUGGAAGGUCGACAGAUUCUUUCCAGAUUCUGUCCAAAAUCAUCUUCAGUGUCAUCUAUUCCAAUUGUGAAGCAGCAAUACUCUCUAAAGUUCCCUCUUUUACCUUCUUCAUCGUCGCAUCUUUCUAGUCAAUCUCAGAAUCUCGAUGUUCCUAGCAGAGCUGUCCAUCCUAUCAGCAUUGUGCACAAAGAAGUGUGUUCUAGUUCUUGGAGGAGGAUAUGGUGUAGUAGUAGUAGUAGUAGUAGUAGUAGUAGUAGUAGUGCUGCAGAACCAAAGGAGGGCCAUGAGGUAACGGCUCAGGUCACGGUGGGAAGGAAAAAGCUAGCAGUUUUCGUGUCUGGUGGAGGAUCCAACUUCAGAGCCAUUCACGAGGCCUCCAAAAGGGGAUCACUUCAUGGAGAUGUUCUUGUGUUGGUCACAAAUAAAAGUGAUUGUGGAGGUGCGGGGUAUGCAAGAAAUAACGGUAUCCCAGUUAUAUUGUACCCUAAAGCAAAGGAUGAAUCCAAUCCAAGUGACCUUGUUGAGACACUAAGGAAAUUCAAGGUUGAUUUUAUUCUUUUAGCUGGAUACCUCAAACUUAUACCAGUGGAAUUGAUCCGAGCUUACGAAAGAUCUAUAUUCAACAUUCAUCCAUCACUUCUUCCAGCUUUUGGAGGCAAGGGCUUUUAUGGCAUGAAAGUGCAUAAAGCAGUAAUUGCUUCUGGAGCAAGGUUUUCAGGUCCUACGAUUCAUUUUGUUGAUGAACACUAUGAUACAGGGCGUAUCCUUGCACAGCGUGUUGUCCCUGUGCUUGCCAAUGAUACUGCUGAAGAGUUGGCUGCAAGGGUUCUCAAAGAGGAGCACCAAUUAUAUGUGGAGGUGGUGGAGGCUUUAUGUGAAGAGCGUGUGGUUUGGAGGAAAGAUGGUGUUCCUCUCAUACAAAGCAAAGAAAACCCCAAUGAGUUUCGCUGAUAAUCAUUGAUAUGGGGAUUUUGGUUGGAGGUUUUGCUUAUGAAAUCUUCGCACUUACCCCAAAUACAGUUAAUGAAUUGUAAUUAUUAGGUAGGUAAUUUCUGGUGCACUCAUGUUGUCCCAAAUCCAAAAAUGUAAUAACUAGGAAGUCACAAACUUUUUCCUGAUCUGUUCUGCUCAAACUGUUAAUGUGCUCUCGGUGGAUUUUAAAAUCGUGUCACUGGUCAUAUUUUUGGAGUCUUUCAUUCCGCUUACAAGAUUCCAUUUACGUAUCAUGAUUGUUCUCCAAAAUAAAGAAAUUAUCUACUGCACUAUUUGGAUAAGAAUUUUGAUGUGCUGUUAGACAUUUUAUCCUAA